UUUAUCCUUAUACUUAACUGCAUUUAGAGAUAAAUAUUGUACUAACAACUCAGCUGUGUAACAACUAUAGUUAGUAGUUAUUUUGCAAAUUAAGACUUGUCAAAAACAUGGUUCAAUUUAUAAUACGAUAUGAUUCAUGUUGUAGCUUAAAUAUAAUCACCCAAGUAGUUAAAAUACAGUUAAGUUCCAGAUCUAUUUUUAACUAUUUAAUACAAUGUUGGGCAGUCUUAUCAGAGCAUUAUACUGUAUUUUAUAAGAAUUAGUGUGUAUCUGUGAACAAGGAAUUUGACUCUGGGUUUUUCACUGAUCUCAAUGUAUUUCACACAGGAGUAGUCAUACAGUUCAUACAGGGAUCAACAAGCUGAACAGAUGAUAAUCAGGAUUAUUAUGUGCAAAGUAUAUGAAGAAUCGGGUGUACAUAUAUAAACAUUUAUACAAAGCACUGGUGACAACAUACAGUAAAUAAGAUGCUUAUAUACAAGUCAAGGGCUUCUAUAAGUUGUAAACAAUACAAAUGGUACAAAGAAAAUUAAAUGUGUAGGAUUUACAGUGACGGUGCAUGAUAAGUGCAAAUAAAAACCCAAAAAGUAUCAUAAAGUUUUAUGCAUACCUUCUUAUAACCCCGUGUAUUCACAUUGCUUACACAGAUCGUAUUCCUUCAUCUCUCAUCACAGCCAACGGGUGACAAAAGCAUAACUGAAUGCAAACACACACACAUAUACCGUCGGACACUGGUGGGGUGGCCAAUGGCUUUGAUUGGCUGGAUGGCCGUUCAAUCAAUUUAAAACCACCAAUAAGAGUUAAUGUAUGAGGAAGUCAUUCUUUAAAGUACUGUGGGUACAAGAAAAUGCGAAGGAUGGUUAUGUUUUUGUGAAACUGCGGGUGUCACAUCUCCCAACACCCGCGGGCACCUUCACCCGUACUCAGAUUAAAUUCCUCCGCUGUUAAUUAUUGUUUACUUUAACCUAAAAAAUCAGCCUUCAGACUAUUCUUGCUCACAUCGCACCCAUUUGGCCUACUUAUGAUGGAGCACUUAAAUUGUGCUGCUACUUUAACUCCAUUAAAGGAUCUGAGGACGUCUUCCGCAAAAGAGAGCUGCUAAAAGUUGCGCUGAAUGCAGCAUAUUAUGUAACAUCUGCCUGCUAACUCACAGAGGCAGCAGCAGACGGACUAUCUAAUAUUAACCUUGCAGGCACUGCGCACAUCUCUCCCAGUCAUCCCCGCAGCUUCUCAGCACGGGCACUGUCACGUCUUCAUCCGGCAAGGGCAGGUCGUGGAGGGGGGGGAAGCACAUCCUGGUGCUCCCGUAGACAACACACAUACUUUUUCUGUAUUGCACCGUCAUGAUGUGGAGGAGGGGGGGGGGGCAGGAGCCCAGGCGCGUCUCUCUGCUCUUUGGAUGAUACUGUAGCGCAUGUCUUCAGCAGCUGAAGGCUGUUAAGAAAAGACUAAAUCACUUCCUGACUUACCCUACCGACCAAAAGCAGAACUGCGUGGCUUGGCCGGUGGAGGCUGGAGAGAAAAACUGACACGUGGAUUACUCCUCCUCAGGCAUCAGGAAAAACAAGCUCCCUCCUCCGUAGCUCAGUUUACCGUCAUCCGUGUUCCUCUGAGGCCAGUCUUACAGGUUAUGGAUUUAAGUAUCAAAAUGAUGUGAUAGAUCAAAGUGCGGGUUUGACUUCUUUUCUCUCCCUCGCUGUGUCCACGUAAGCGUUUAGUUUUGUGACUGAUCGACCGGAAAGAGACAGAAAGUGGGCUUCAGCAGCCGAAGCGGUUGAAAGGAGGCUGUCGUUAGCUCGCGUUGAAUGGCAGUUAUUCAAAAAUAUGGCAAGAACCAUAGUCCAGAUUUGGUCUGUCACAAGGAAAACCAUCCGUCUGACAAGAUCGGAGUCCCUGGAUGUCACAAGAAGUGGUCUGAACACAACAGCAGCUGGUCCAGGCCAGUGGCGAGGGUAUGGACGGUGGUGCUGCUGCUCGGGACAUGCCUCCUCUACUGCGCCCGUGUGGCAAUGCCCAUCUGCGCCGUCAGCAUGGCGGAGCAGUUCAGCUGGAGCAAGAGGGAGUCCGGCAUGGUGCUGGGCAGCUUCUUCUGGGGCUACUGUUUCACCCAAGUGUUCGGAGGCUACGUCAGUGACCGGGUGGGAGGCGAGAAGGUCCUCCUGCUGUCAGCAGCAGCCUGGGGGUCGAUGACGGCCUUCACCCCCGUCCUGGCCCACGUCUGCUCCCAGCCGAUCUUUUCCAUGACACUUUCCCGCUUCCUCAUGGGCUUGUUGCAAGGAGUUCAUUAUCCUUCCCUGGCGAGUCUGUGCUCUCAAAAGGUGGUGGAAAGUGAGAGAGGCUUCCUCAUGAGCACUGUGGGUAGUGGCUCCUACCUGGGCACUCUGGUGAUUGGAGGGGCUGGCUCCCUCAUGUUGGACCUGUAUGGCUGGGAAAGUGUUUUCUAUGUGUCUGGUCUCCUCUCAGUCCUGUGGGCGUACUGCAUGUGGAAAUAUCUGCUCAAAGGAGAAGGGCCUAUCAUUACCCUGGAGUCUCUAGGAAGUGGAGGGCCUCAGUCCAAGCUGUCCAAAAGACAUUGGUUGCGGCUCCUCAAACAACCGGCAGUCUGUGCUGUGAUUGUUACGCACCUUUGCACAGCGAGCACCUUCUUCACCCUUUUGUCUUGGCUGCCAACAUUCUUUAAAGACACUUUCCCCGAUGCCAAGGGCUGGGUGUUCAAUGUCAUUCCCUGGUUGGUGGCCAUACCCUCAUCCCUCUUCAGUGGCUGUCUGUCUGACCACCUCAUCAGUCAAGGCUUCGAUACAGCCUCAGUGAGGAAGUUGAUGCAGUUUUUCUCCAUGGGUGUGUCCAGUGUGUUCACCCUUCUUCUGUGUGGCAACACCACCUUCCCCUGGGCUGUUGCAUUUGUGUCUGCCACCAUGGGCCUCACCACCUUCAGCCACAGCGGCGUAUCUGUAAAUGUUCAAGAUCUUGCUCCUUCUUGUGCUGGAGCUUUAUUUGGUGUUAUGAACACAUGUGGCGCUUUCUUAGGGGUCUUAUUGGUGUAUUUCUCGGGGUAUCUCAUUGAGGCCACAGGCUCCUGGGCCACCGUGUUUGCACUUAUCACCACAGUCAACCUGCUGGGCCUCUGCACCUUUCUGGCCUUCGCUGAGGCUCGCCGGGUCGACAUUGACACCAGUAAGGUCCGCCACCACAACAUCCACAUCUAAACCAUCAUCACAACCAGGAGCUAGAAUGCUAUUCCAGAGGGAGACCCGACCUUUGGCAACCAGCAGCUUGGAGAACCUUGGAGAACUAGACAAUCUUCAUUUAACAGAAACUUUGACUGGCUGUGUGUCUGGUUGAGGAAUCACUACAACAGUUACUGAAAAGCACAGAGCCGAUCUGGCGCAAGGUUACUGAAAAAAGAGGAUGAGCGUUGAAUUCUAGAAACACACAGCUGUGUUACAGGAUGCUCUGGGGUAGAAUGAUUGAGAUUACAGGAGAAAAAAUUCUACACUACCUCCAUGUCCCAGUUUUUUUUCAGCAUGUGGUGGUUAAACAGCUGCUGGGCUGCUGUUUUCGAUUGUCAUUUCAGCAUGUUUCACUUUGAAUGAGAAAAGUCAUGGAAAUAGUUAUCCGGCGUGUGUGUGUGUGUGGAAGGAGCUGUGUGAGUGAUAGAUGUGUUAGUCUCAGGAGCACUCUAACAGUUGUAACAAACCAAGGUAGUGUGUUCUUACUCUGCAGUGAUGGGGUGGGGAGGUGGCGUGGGCACACUGUGGGUGACACAGGGAGAGUCCAGCCUCUUGUACCUGAAGUCUUUUAUUAGUACGCCCCACUCACCCAUCGCUGAGUGAACUGUCUGAGUGACACCUCAUUAGCCACCCAGUAAUUACUUGGCUGGUGCACUAAUGUCCUUUACGAUUUACCUUCUGUUGUCCCCUCCUCCAUGGUUACAAGCUCAUCUCGUCAUUACAUUUCAGAGGGGGUGAAAGAGGUCAUGAGAACCUUCAUCAAGUACAAAAGCAAGAAGACUUUUGUUGAGUGCGUUCUCCCCGUUGGUUGGCUUGAGGAAUAUGUUUCAGGUUGGAAGACCAAAGGCUAUAAAUUAUUUUUAUUCUGUUUCUAUGUGAUUGCAUGUGAUAGAAAUACCUCAAUUAAUUAUUGUCAAUACGUAGAUAUUUAUAUGGCUUAAAUUUUUUGGCCAUUUUUUUAUUUUUCUUUUAGAAACUAAAUAUAUUAAGUUAGAUGACUGAAAAAAACAUUUAGUCGCUAAGAUGACAGAAGAUCAUGGUAAGUUAUAAAAGGUGUGAUUCAGUCCGACUUGGUUCCAAGUCAAGUUUCUUCCCAUAUUAUCCUCUGCUGUCCUGCACUUUCCUGUCUGGAGAGACAGGUUUAAUAGAAAGAAAACAUGUCCAUGUAAUUAUUUUGGUGCGAGCUGCACAGGCAGAUGAGCAGGCUGGCCAGCAUUUUUGUGAUAAGACACCCACCCUUGUUUUCACACUUGACAACAUUGUUAACUAAGCACUAGACAGGAAGUGAUGUCAGCGUUUGGGAAGCAGCUAGUUUGCCCAUUCACUUGUCAUGUUGUUGCCAGAGUCCCCGUCCUGAUGUGAUGAAUGUCGAGGGACAAGUGAGAGGUUUAAAAAAUGAUGUUCUGGGUUUAGCACAUGUUCUGGGUAUGAGGAACUGUGAACAUUUGGUGGUUUGGAAAUCAUUGGCAAGUAUUAAGCAAGAGAAAAUUUUGCUGCGUAGCUGUGGCUGAAUGUUCAAGUUGCUUGCUGCAUUUAGUUUUGUUGUUCACAGCACAUUUUGCAUAUACAGUUUCUGUUUUAUAUUUAGAAAAUUUCAUUUUCAGUCUGGACGCUUACUUGAUACAAGUAAGUUGAAUCUAUGCAUUUAUUAUUUUGUGCCUGAUUUAAGCAAUGCAAGAUUGUAAGAUAUGCUCACCAUGAUCAGCGUGAUUUUUAUUUUCGAUCAUUGUACGUCGCUUCUUUUUUGUCUUUUUUUCUUCUUCUUUGUUGCUUCUGUGUGAUUUAUUAUCCUUAUUAUUGUGUGUCAAUUAUUGUUAUUCACUUUGAAAGGAAUAGGCUAUUAUUUUAUUUUUUACAAACUCAAUUUGCUGAAUAUUUUUCAGUAUAGAUUUCAGUUCUCCCAAUAUGUUACUUACAUUGUCGUGGUCAGUGGAUAGAAAAGGUCAACAAAAGAAAUUAUUUGGAUUUGUUUACUCUCUAUUACAUCUUUUAAAAUAAAGAUAUAUUUUUCUUUGCAUCAAACAUAUUGAGAUUAUUCGUGUUAUAAAGGCAGACAAAUGUACUGAUUAUAUAAAAUAAUUUAUUUUGAUAUCUCAGAUCUGGUAUCUACAUCGAAUGUCACUUUGAUUCUGUACACACACUAUGUUUUGUAGUGAUCGUACUUGAACUGUAUCCCAAAACCUGUUAGAUAGAAGACCAGUGCACAAAAUACUCACCAAACAACCAACGCUCCGCAUUCCUUUCAGAUGUGCAUCAUUUACAAAAGCCUUCAUUGCUCUUUUCUGUUACUGUGUUGAACACCCUGCAAUUUGUACAUGAAAACUAGUCCGAGUUCCGUUCACCAACACAUCUCACUGUAUGCUCCUGAAAGCCUUCUGACAAAUUUUUGAUAACAUGUAAGAUAUGUAUGAUAGAAACAAUACAUUAAUGCAGGAUAAAUGCAGUAUUAUAAUGCUUUUAAGAUAUGUUGUAUUUAAAAGCAUAUAUUAACUUUGAAUAAAAAUAUAUUUUGUCAGCA